CGUCGUAAGAGGCGCUGUGUUUUCUGUCCAGAUUGUGUGAGUGGAAUUUGCAAUGUUUACGAUGUAAAUUCUCAAUUAUUUAUUCGCAAACAAAGUUGAAAAGUACAGAAUAUGGAAAAUGAUCGAGAAGGAGUACAAAGUCUGCAUGCUGAUAAGGCUCCGGGACUUACUGUAAAAAUAUACAACUCCAAUAUGGCAGCAAUCAGCGAGCAAAGUGAACCCUCGAAUGCUGGAGAUGCAGUUGAGGCUGAACGGCUGCCCGAGAGAUCGGGAGAAAUGACCGGGCAGGCUGCUGAGGUGAAACGGGACAAGCCCCCGUCUGGCCCGGAGUCUGUCGGCCCAAUCUCGGAGUCCGGGGAUGCGUCCAGUACUGUGGAAGAGAAAGAGCUUCACUUGUGGAGUUAUUUUGGUGCCGAGUUGACAAGAGGCUACCUGCUUGAACAUGACGAAGCACGCUACGCACUCAAGAGAGAACGAGUCUAUACAUUCAUACGCAUUCCUAAAGAACUGGAGAAGAUGAUGACGUAUGGCUUCUUCCUGUGCAUGGAUGCAUUCCUCUUUGUCUUCACCUUCCUCCCGUUGAGGGUCAUCAUUGCCUUAUUCCGCCUCAUCACACACCCUUGCAUCAUACAAAGAGGGAGGAGGUUGGAGCCAGCGCAGAUCUGUGAUAUUCUCAAGGCGGUCAUACUCAUAGCCUGUACCUGGCUUCUGCAGUUUGUGGACGUGUCUAUGCUGUACCAUAUAGUCAGAGGCCAGGCUGUCAUCAAACUGUACAUCAUCUACAAUAUGUUAGAGGUUGCGGAUCGUUUAUUUUCCUCGUUUGGUCAAGACAUCUUAGACACACUCUUCUGGACGGCCACAGAGCCGAGGGACAAGAAACGAGAACAUCUUGGCAUCUUGCCUCAUCUACUUAUGGCAGUCAUCUAUGUCUUCUUACAUGCUAUACUAGUUCUCUUCCAAGCCACAACGCUCAACGUUGCGUUCAAUUCACACAGCAAGGCGCUGCUCACCAUCAUGAUGUCUAACAAUUUUGUUGAGCUCAAGGGAAGUGUCUUCAAGAAGUUUGAGAAGUACAACUUGUACCAGAUGUCUUGCAGUGACAUAAGGGAGAGAUAUCACUACAUGGUGCUUCUGUUUUGUGUGGUGCUUCGUAACAUGACAGAGUUCAACUGGAAUAUUGAUCAUUUUUGGGAGUUGAUUCCUGACCUUUUUUCGGUGCUCGUAGCGGAGAUCCUCGUGGACUGGGUCAAGCACGCUUUCAUCACAAAGUUCAAUUCCAUCCCAGCAGAGGUGUACACAGAAUACAGAGCAAGCUUGGCUUAUGACAUGGUGACAAGCAGAAUGAAAACUGCUUUCUCCGACCACUCCGAUGUGGUUUCUCGUAGAAUGGGGUUUAUUCCAUUGCCUUUAGCCUGCCUAGUGUAUCGCAUCGUCGGCCAGUCCUUCAAGAUUCAUGGUACUACUGGAAUGGUCCUCAUCUUCCUUCUCUAUCUUUGUUUAACAGCCUUCAAAGUCCUGAACAGUAUUCUAUUGCUGGGUAAAGCCCGCCAGUACGUCAACGAAGCCAACAUGGCUGACAUCUUACCACAACCAAAGAAACCUCAAACCCCACCGCCACGACAUCAACCGCAGCAGCAGCAGCAGCAGCAACCUCCGCCAUCUUCACCACCACCUCAACAGGAAUCACCUGCGACAUCAUCAUCAACAGCGGCAGCUGAGCCCUCUCAUAUAGCUCCUAAGGUUCCCUCGCCGAUCAACUCACAGACUCUGCUGGUGUCGGAUAGCAGUGUCAAUCUCCUUGCCAGCGGUCCUGAUGUCGGUCCGCUCUCCCCAAUGGAAACGAGUCAGUCGCUGAGUAAGGGCAGUGCCGCGAAAAAUGCGCCCGAUCGGAAGAGGACGCUGUCUGAGAUCGACAGGUAUACACUGUGUAGCAAUCGCAUCGUCUAAGACACAGGGACCUUUCUUUUGCAUCAUCAGGAUCCAAUUUCAUCAAGCGUUUUGUUUUUGUUUUUUUGCUUGGCACAAAGUUUCUUGCUUAGCGAUGAACUCAGUCAACAGCAACUUGCCAACAUGUUGGUUUUUUUUUUGAAGUAACUUUAUGAAAUUGGGUCCAGUUUUAGUGAUUAUUGGAACUGUAUGGACAGCCAUUGGUCAUGAAAAUAUAAAAAAAAAUUAACAAUGGAUACAAAAAUAACUGAAGUCACUAACAGUAUAUAUUUGGUUUGCAGUAACGCCACGUGUGUAUCUACUUGUUAGGUAGAUCGUGUUCUUUUUAGAAAUCGUCUUCCUUUAUAUUCUACUAUCACGUUGUAGAUUUUUUGGAAUCCGGGAGACUUUCCUACUACUGCAAAGUCUCCUGACGAUUACUAGAACAAGCUAGUCGAAACGUUGAGACCAAUUUGGAAGAGCUCACUCCAUGGUAGUUAUAAUAUUAAUAAUAAUAAUAACAAUUAGGGCGCGCUAUAUCUGGCUGUAAAAUCAAUAAUGAGAAGUCCCAUCGAUCCAAUCAAGCGAAAGUAGUAGUCCCGGCCAAUUUUCUACCUUCCGCCCAGGUAGUUACUUAAAAAGCAGGAC